AUGCCGCGAUCCGACGCGCGCCCAAGAGCAAGGGGACCAGGUCACGAAACCCCGGCCAUACGCCUGCCGCCACCGCAUCAGGCAGACAAGGCUGAGACGAACAACCCCAAGGCCCGGCGGACCGGUGGGGAGGCCGCGACAGCCCUGAACACCAUGGGAUCCUCCAACUUUGUGUACGAUCAAGAGACGAAACACAAGGCAACGCCGGCUCAAUCGCACGCCCGACAACGUCACGCCCAGGGAUCGGCACCCGAGGCGAUAACCCCCAGACGCACGGCGAGCAACCCCAAGAACCGGCGAACCGAUCCAAGGAGGAGCCACCGCCACCCCAAACGUCCAAUGGCCGCCACAGCCCGACGCACGCACGGGGGACAACACCCAGGGCAGCACCACCCCAACCGCACGCCCACAAUCCCCACAGCAGGACCGCGGCUGACUCGCUUGUCCGGCCAACAGGCCCAGGGGGGGACUGCGGCUGUGGGCUCUAUGGUCCCGUGUGGACAGACCAUAGUGCAAGUGGGUCCCCUGUGGACCAUUGCAGGCGUAUGGUGA